ACCUUAAAUUAGCUCAUUUUUCGUGACGUUCACCUUGCGGUCAGUUCUCGCAUUUUGCAAGGCGUUUUUUAAGCACUUCCCCGCAGAAAAUGUCUUUCUCUGAAGAUCAAAUUGCCGAGAUCAAAGACACUUUCAUGAUGUUCGAUACAAAGGGCAAGGAGAAGGUUCCAGUCGAAGAAAUGGGAAACAUUAUGCGCUCUUGUGGAUUGAAUCCGAUGGGUGCCGACAUUGAUAAGUUUAUAAAGGAACUGGGCGCAGGAAAAGAUAUGGAAUUUGAGGAAUAUUUAAGCUAUCACGAGGAAUGCGCAAAAAAGGGAAAUAGCGGCACUCUGGCCGCCUUCUUGGAAGGAUGGAAGUGCUUCGAUCACGAAGGAAACGGUUUUGUUAGUGAUGCCGAAGUUCGCCAUGUUCUGACAACCCUGGCUGACGCCAUGACUGACGAAGAAGUCGAUAAAAUUCUUGAAGGCAAAGAAGACGCCGAGGGUCUUAUAAAUUACGAAGAAUUGUCGAAGUUCAUCAUGUCCGGUUGACGUGACCUGUUCGAAAGGAAGACAUUUGGUUUUUGAACAUCUUUCUUGAAGGAGAUGUCAUUGUAUUGUGUUGUAAUCGACUGUUUCGUAUGUUUCGUGUUUUUGUAAUAAACAAUUGAUUCUAUUCAAUGACAGCUUAUUGAAUUGAUUUAGAAGUGUAGUUUGCACGGAACAUUUUGUUCGUUGACAAUGUAACUUGCUGGUUUCUGAGGAACAGUAAAAUGUCGGCCUGUUGUCGAAAGGAGCUUCUUUGCUCUCAUCCUAUUUUCCCAGAUUUGAUUUGUAGCGCUUUAUGCUCAGGUAAAAACAAUAAUGGCUAGUUUAUAAACAAAUCCAUUACGGGUUUUUUACUGGGCAAAGUUUUGGAGUUUCGAAGCAACAACGACUUGUACAUUAUAAAUAAUGAAAGUGUCUCAAAUUUUAGAUUCAGUUAUUAUCUGUUAAA